AAAGGUUGACAGAGUCAGAAAAAUUUAAAAAUAUUGCUAAGGAAGCUAGGAAAACUACUAAUAAAACCAUAAACUUUGAAGAGGAUCGAUCUAUUGAAGAUCAUCAAAUUAAAGAAUUAACAGAGCUUGUCACUGUUUUGGCCACCCAGGUACAAAAACUUGUCAAAAUUCAAGCCGAUACGGAAAGGCACAGCAACAAUAUAAAUACUGCUACACAAGCACAGGCUGAAAUUGCACGAAAUGUCGUCAUUAAAGAAUACAAAUCUGAAGAAAACUUUGAAGAAUGA